CGCACCUGAUCCUCCUGCUCUGCUGCGCUCUGUCGCUACCCUAAUUUACCCAGACAGCACGUAAACUUCAUGUCCAAGAUGCCGUCAACCAAUUUACUUCUAAGCGAAGUGCUAGCAAUUAUCCUUGCCGUCUCACCAGUGCUAUGCUUCGCAACUGACGAGAAUGUUGUAAACGUUACACUCUACUACGAGGGACUUUGUUCUCCCAGCCACUUUUUCAUACUGGACCAACUACAUCCCACGUACAUCAAGCUCCACGACUACCUGAUCAUCGACAUCUUGCCCUUCGGUAAUGCACGCAUGCACGUCGUCAACGGGACCGUCACGUUUGAUUGUCAGCACGGACCCGACGAGUGCUACAUCAACGAAGUACAGACGUGCGCUGUAAAGUAUGUCCACCCGACCCGCAGACUUCUGGAUUUUGUCGCCUGCAUGCUUAGCCAGGACAAGCCUACUGAAGCCGGUAAGCAGUGCGCCGAGCAGGUGGGUACCGACUGGGGAGUAUUGGACAAGUGCAGCACUGGGCCAGAAGGUACGCAGCUCAUGUACGAGAUGGGCAAAAGGACGCGCGACCAUCAGCCACCGAUUGAGUACGUGCCCUGGAUAGAAGUGAACGGAGCGCAUAACAGGACUAUUCAGCAGAAGGCGCAGAUACAUCUGUUUGACUUUGUCUGCGAACUUCUCGAACCCGAAGCGCCUAGGGUGUGCCGGAAGCCCGGCUCGUAUUACUGCGCUCCGGAACAGUGAAUAAUAAAGUGACCACAAAAA